AUGUCUUCAUCCGACAACAAACAAGCGCUCCCGCAAAACCAGCAUAGUUCUGCAUCAAGCGAGAACGGCACUAUGGAAGUGACAACAAGCCCUGAUACUCAUGGGUUCUCUCUAAUUGAGCAGAAAAGGAUUAUGAGACGGGUUGAUGUUCGUCUCGUCGCAACUGUUGGAUUGUUAUAUUGCUUCUCUGUCAUUGACCGGUCGAACCUUCCGUCCGCCGCUGUUGCUGGCAUGACGGAAGAUUUAGACUUGACUGGCAACCGAUAUUCGGUCGUUAGCCUGGUAUUCUUCACAACCUAUAUCACUUUCCAGCCGGUCUCAGUCAUUCUUGCCCGGACCUUGGGACCACGGGCCUACUUCACGGCCAUCACGAUGAUCUGCGGAGUCAUCGUCAUUGGGAUGGGCUUUUUGACACAUUGGAGUCAACUGGUGGCCUUGAGGGUGAUCCUUGGUGCGCUAGACUCUGGAUUCUUCCCCAGCUGCGUUUACCUUUUAAGCACUUGGUACACUCGUUACGAAGUGGGGAAACGGUACUCGGUGUUCUACAUGGUUGUGUGCUUCGCUUCGGCAUUUGCGGGAAUCUUGGCUUUCGGCCUCACCCAACUCGAUGGAACCGCAAAUAUCAAAGGCUGGUCAUGGAUUUUCAUCAUGGAAGGUGUCAUCACCUGCGCUAUCGGUCUCAUAGGAUACUUCCUUCUGGUGGGGUUUCCGGAUGCCCAAAAGGGAGCCUGGAAGUUUCUGUCCAAAGAGGAGACUGCUUGGGUAAUUUCCAGAGUUCAGGCCGAUAGAGGAGAUGCAGAGCUGCCUCCUUUCAGCAUCAAGAAGUUCCUGAGAGGCGGUGCUGACAUCAAGGUCUGGGCGUUGUCCAUCAUCUACUUCAACAACGCCCUCGUCAUAUUCUCUUUGUCUUUCUUCUUGCCAAUCAUUCUCAAAGAUAAUAUGGGAUUCAGCACGGGAAAGGCUCAGAUCUUGACGGCGCCGCCGUACGUAUUCGCCGCCAUCAUUACUUAUACCACUGGCUGGCUAGGGGAUCGUUACAUGCUUCGAGGCCCAAUCAUUGUUGGCGACAUGGUCUUGUCAAUUGUCGGGACCUGCCUUAUGGGCUUCCACAGCGAUGUUGCCGUCCGGUAUUUGGGCGUUUUUCUCAUCACCGCAGGAAGUGUCAGCGCCGUGCCGGCGACCAUGGCAUAUCAGGCGAACAACAUCCGAGGACAGUGGAAACGCGCAUUUUGCAGUGCCAUGGUAGUUGGUGUUAGUGGGAUUGGUGGUAUCGCCGGCUCCCUUGUUUUCAGAAGUCAGGACAAGCCUCGCUACCUACCUGGGUUGAGUACAUGUUUGGGAUGCGCGGUUCUGAAUGUCCUCGUUGUCAUUUCUCUGAGUUUCUACUUCCGCUAUUGGAACGCGAAGGCUGAGCGUGGUGAGGUUGAGCUUGAAGCUUCAGACGAGACUAAAGCAUCGGAUUUCCGCUACACCUAUUGA